AUGGGAGCACUAUUGGAGAUACUUUUUGAAUGCGCGAUUAAGUGGGCUCCAGACCCGAAACACGACCCGAACCAGAGUUUUGACCUUCUCAGAUGGCUCCUCAAAUCUGGUCAAGACCCCAAUAAGAAGAUGAGGAGGAAAGAAUUGGAGCUAUCAACAGGAAGGGAAAGACGUGUGCGACCGAUCGAAUUCGCAAUUUUAAUGGGUCAUGCACGUCUUUUGGAGCUACUCCUCGAUUUCGGUGCGGAUAUAAAUUACAGAGGCUUUUUCGGAAAAUCAGCCCUCAAGCUAGCCCUUGAGUCUGCCCGGCCCGAUGAUAUUAAAAUUGACAUUGUCCAUCUACUCAUUCGGUAUGAUGUCUCACUCAGAUGGGAGGAGGUCCUUUAUGCAGCAAUCAGCCUACGAGACCUGGAUCUCAUCAAUUCCCCUUUGACAACAGGUGUCGACUUGACUAAAGCACUGGAAGCCGACCAUAACCGUGGUUCACUGUAUGAGCAAACUGUAUUAAGUGCCGCUAUCGCAACUGGCAGUGAUGUUACAGAAGCGAUAUUGAAUCAAAUGGCCUUCAUGGAUCCGUCGAGGUUGAAAGCCCCUCUGAUCACAGCAGAUACAUUUAUUGCUGCCGCCGCGAAAGGUGCUGAUUCAAUCAUCAAUCGACUGCAUGAGAUAGAUCCCACUAUUGGGAAUACUCGCAACCCACGUGGUAUUACGCCGGUGCAGGUGGCUGUGUCAGUUGGUCAUUUAAGUACAUGCAGGCUUCUUUUACGCCUUUAUGGGGGGUAUUCACCCGCUCUCCUUUUUCUUGCUGCCUACCUUGAGCAUGGAGACAUUUUGCAGUUUCUUUUAAACGAGGGAGCAGAUGUGAAUGAGGCUAUCCCCCCAGCAGACCUCCCUGAGUGCGUCAGGGUUUGCCAUGACUUGAUGGACCGUUUCAAAAGGAAAUCAUCGCCUAGUGUGUUCGAGACGCUAUUGCACACAUGUGCAAGGCGCCCACUCUGGGCAACCUCUGAGCAACCCCAAUUCUAUUACCUCAGGACCUUGAUUGAGAACGGUGCUCGGCUGACCGGGGGUGAGACAUACUACUUAGCGAAGAGUGCUCCCGCCGACACGAUCCUCGCCGCGUUAACCCAUGGCAGCAGCGCAAAUGUGCAAAACAAGCGGGGAAAGAGUGCGCUUCAAAUUGUUAUUGAUAGUGUUACGGAGUUCUACGAUUCUACCCGAUCCUUUCAGGUCAAACGACGAUUACAGGCUGUUCAGAUUUUAUUGAGUCAUGGAGCGAAACGCUAUGCAGGAGAAAUCGUUUCAGUGAUUCGUUCUCGGGACCGGGAUCUGUUGUCCCUUGUUCUACGCUACCAUCCAGGCUGGGAAGAUAUGGAUAAGCGUGGAGUGUCAUCUCUCGAAGCUGCAAUUGCAUGUUUACGCUGUGGCGUAUCUUCAUCAGUCACCACGGCAUAUAAGAGCUAUUACGACCCGGGCUCAUUAUGCGCAGCGGCUCAAACCCAAAGCCUGUCCCUCAUUGAACUUAUUCUCACGAAUCGCCCUACACAAUCAGAAUAUCACGUUUUCGAAGGCACAGCUGUUGGUUUGGUUGCCAUGUCCGGACGUCUAGACUGUUUGCAACAUCUCAUUCAGUAUUUCCCAGAAGCUAAGGAGGCCAAUUCUGCACUACUUCCCGUUCAUUCGGAGUUCAAAAAAACUAUCACUGGCGUUGUAUCUUGGUAUGAUGAACCAUUGUUCUGGCGCUAUCCUGGACGUUCUUGUGAAUGUGUUUAUGGAAGUCCCUUAGCACUUGCUUCCCUGGGCUCGAACAUCUCAUGCUUUGAAGAGCUUUUACGUCAAGGUUACAAAGCCGAUCCACUUACCUGGAUCACCAUUGCUGAUAAUCAAAGUCGUCCUCAUUUGGAGCUGUUAGCCAGAUACCAACAACGACUUGAUAACUUCCUUCCAACUACUUCUGGGUCUCCAACUGCUUUAUGCACUGCGGUAGAACGAGGAAACAAAGAGAUAGUCCAGUGUUUGUUAAAUGCUGGGGCGGAUAUCAACGAGUAUGGGUUGAAUGAAUAUGGGCAGAGUCGUUCCCCACUCCAGCUUUCAGUUGAAGCUGGCAAUCUGGAACUCGUGAAUUGUCUUCUCCACGGCGGAGCAAACGUGAACGCUGCACCAGCAAACAAUUCUGGUGCGACCGCCUUGCAGCUCGCUGCUAUAGAGGGACACCUUGGCAUAGCGCGUGAGCUUCUGAACCAUGGAGCUCUUGUAAACGCCCGAGGUGCCCAGUCUCAUGGGAGGACGUCACUAGAAGGUGCAGCAGAAUAUGGAAGGGUUAAUAUGCUGGAACUUUUGAUCUACCAUGGUGCUCUCAUUACAGGACCCGGUCGUGACCAAUUUGUUCAGGCUAUAAGACUUGCAACGAAGGGAAGUUUCUAUGUUGCAGCUGAUCUAUUGAAACGUAACGGAGGUUGGACUAUGGAAGAUGGACGUCACGUUUCGAAAAGACACAGGCCGGCUGACUUGGACGGGCAUUGCUGCGCUGUGAUACAUGACUCUGAUACCCAGUGCAUCCAUGAAACUACCAGAACCGAGAGGGAAACGUAUCGUUUCAAAAUUAUACCUCAUCCCAGUGGUCCUAACAGACUGUUCUCCGUACCUAAUGAAUCGGAGGAGGAUGAUAGUGAGGAGGAACAUGAGAAUGCAGAAGCCGUAUCAGGUGCAAUCUAG